CCUCAAUUCUAAGUUGGCACCCAAUUUUUGCAAUAGUCACCAGCUCAGUAUGGCUCAAGUAAAUGUUUCAGCAGGUGGAGGUGGUCUCGGCCUACUCUCGCGAUUUAACAACGGGAAUGCGCCCCUACUGUACAUUGCCGCAGAGGAGGCAGAAGAAGACUUUGAUCAAACCACAAUUCAACUCUGGAAAGAAGAGGGAUUUCUAGUGGAAUAUCUACCGUACCUAGGGACAGAAAAAGAGUUUGCAGCCGACCUCCAUCAAAUAAGUGCUAAGAAGGGGCUCGGGGAUUACUUCGCGGUGCUCGCCUUUGGGGAUGCAGCAGCAGUGUGUUUAGAGGUGUUCAGGAAAAACACUCCGAAGCUGUGCGCGUUGGUUGCAUACUACCCUACAUCAAUACCGGAUCCUCACUCAACAUUCCCCAUCUCCACGAGGGUUGUGGUACACCUUGCCGGUAGUGAAGUAGGGGUCACAAGGAAUCCGCAAGUCCUCGGAAUUCAGGGGAAACGACGGACAAUUACGAAGAGGAUCAACGGUGCCAUUGGAGUCGGGGGAAGACUUCAACUCGCGUAUCCAAGCUAUACGUAUGCGAAUGCGGGUCCCGGUUUUGCAGAGCAUGACCUCCCGGAAUACGACAAAGUAUCCGAGAGACUAGCAUGGACCAGAAGUCUCGAUGCAAUGAGGAAGGGGUUUAGAUUGGAGGUUGAGUUGGAAAAAGUUUGGGAAGAGCAUCUCGAUUACGAAUUCAAACACAAGGAUGCUGCGAAGACUAUCGCCACGAUGGUCUCGAACCCGUACGUCAACCACAUCCCGACGUUAACCGGCGGCAUUGGUCGAGAAGACCUAUUUAAGUUCUACGAGGAAUUUUUCAUCCCUUCAAAUCCUCCUUCCCUGUCCACUCGCCUCGUCUCUCGAACAGUUGGCGUGGACAAAGUAGUGGACGAGAUGAUCAUAUCAUUCAAGCAUACUUGCGAGGUUGACUGGAUGCUCCCAGGGGUACCACCCACAGAUAAGGAUGUUGAAGUCGCGCUGGUGAGUGUGGUCAAGCUACGAGGCGGAAAGCUGUGUCAUGAACACAUCUACUGGGACCAGGCUUCUGUACUGGUUCAGGUUGGUCUACUGGACCCCAAGAUGGUGCCACAGAAGUUCAAAGAUCGGGGUUUAGAGCGGCUGCCGGUCUCUGGAAAGGAGGCGGCCCUGAAAGUCGUGGAUGAAGACAGCAUUCCUAGCAACCUUCUGAUACUUGACUGGGACGGCGAGUGAAAGUCUGUCGGAAUGUGGCGGACUUUGCGGCAAGGAAGCACACUCCCAUGCUCGGAUCCUUCAAAUAUAUCUCCAUAUUGGACAUUUUGAUCAAAUACUAUGCCAGAUUUUAUUACUGUC